UAUCAUUGUUAUCCUUGUUAUUAUAGUUUUACUCGUAAGUUCGUUUUAUACACGCGUGCUUUUAUACGUGACUCUCUCUCUCUCUCUCUUUCUCUUUCUCUUUCUCUCUUCUUCCCUAUUUGUCCGGGGACUGUGUUUCAUUCGAACGGGAAGUCGCAUUUCUUCGUGUACCGAUGAGGAACAAUUACCGCAAUAUGUUUUUUGCCGGCUACGGAUAUUCCAAUCAACAUCAAAACAGCCCACCCUCGCCGACCAGGUCCAGUGUCUGGGGUAGCAUUUACAGUCCGUUUCGAAACACGAAUAUGCCACUGCAGGACAUUACGAUGAGUCAAACUCUACCGUUAAUGAAAGGCGCGAAUGCGAGAUCGCCUGGGAAAACCUCCCCAACAGGAGUGAUUGGAACAAGAGACGGUGCAGGAAUUGGUAGAACAAUGAAGGAAUACGAAGAUCAAUUAGAAGCCCUUAAAAAGGAGAACUUCAACCUUAAAUUACGCAUCUAUUUCCUCGAGGAGCGAAUGGGAAUUACGUCAGCAGAUGAAAAUGCGAUAAAGAAGAAUAUCGAGUUAAAGGUGGAAAUCGAAUCACUGAGGAAGGAAUUGGUUGAGAAACAGGAACUUCUCAGCCAAGCAGCCAAAGCGUUCGAAUUAAUCGAAGAACAGAAAGAAGCUUCUUCGCGAAAUCAAGCUCAGUAUCAACAGUCGCUUGAAAAUGAACGAGAAAAGAUCCGAAAGCUGGAAAAGGAAUUAGCAGAGUAUCAAGACAAAGUAACAGAUGCAACCAUCUACUAUAAGGAAGCUUUCGGAAUUACGCCGGAAAAGGCGCUGGAGAACGAGGAAAAACUACGUAAAAUGGAGGAGCUUGUUGCAUCUCUAGAAGCCGAGGUGAAGCAGGUGACGAGCAGCUUGGACGAGGAACGCGUCUGGGCGCAAGAACUCGAGAGCGAACGGGAUGAAUUCAGAGAACGUUUAGAGGCUGAGACGCGUUUGAGAGAGAAUUUGGACGCGGAGAGGCUGCAAGACAUUGAGGCGCUACGGGAGAAAGUAAAAGAACUGGAGGAACAUCUGCUGAAAAGGGACACUGUCGUUCAGCAGUGUAGAAACGAGCUACUCGAGAAAGAAAGAGUCAUUAAGGAAAAAAAUGCACAGCUGGAUGAGAGGUGUCGGGUGUACGAGGAGCUGAACGCUGUUUCAGAGAAAAGGAAGAAGCAAGUCGAUCAGCUAAGGGUGUCUAUAAAAACCAGGGACGAUGCCCUCACGGACCUGAACAACAAACAUCGUGCCUUGCUGUCUCAGUUCGAGAAUGGUUAUGCUAAAAGAUCACCCCCCACCAGUCCGUCAAGCAUGAAUCCAAUCGAAGAUCCUUUGCAGACGAGAAUGGGACAAAAGAUAAGCUGUGCCCAAGGGGUGACGAAGAGGGGAAACACUUGUCUCGAUUGGGAACCAAAUCGAGAAAGGUCAACGAGAGUGAAGUCGCCGGUGCAUGCUCUGAGUGGAGAGGUCAGAGACGUGAGAGAUUUGAUCAAGGAACUAGAAGAAAAGGACAGCGAGUUGAAACGCCAAGAGGAAGGAAGAAAGCAAUUGGUCCUGAAAUUAUGCAACAUGCAGAAACACGCUGAAACGAUGGAUUACAAGUUGAAGAAGCUAGAAGGUGAACACGAGAAAGCCAUCAAGACCAUUCAAGGCUUCAUGGAGAGACAGCAGCAAUUGGAAAGCACAAAGCUGAGGAAGGAACAGAAGAUCAUGGAGUUGGAAAUCGAGCUGAACAGGCUACGAGAGUACGAGAACAUGAAGGUUGCAAGAGACGGACACAAUCAGUUCGUUCGAAGAGACUUCAGCACAGACAUGACGGAUGAUCCAGAGCGUGAUCCCAGCAAUCAGCAACGAUUCGACGAAAUGGAAGCCAAAAUAAACGACCUACGAGACCAAAUAGAGACCAUCAAGGCUGAGAAGUGUCGUUUGGAGAAGCAGAUCGAAGUCGAGUCGGAGGAACUGCAAGGGCGACUCCAGGACAGGGAACAAAAAAUAGAAGUACUAGAAAUCGAGAAGCAGACGAUGAAGGAGCAACUGCAGGACAAAGUGAAAGAACUCGACAAACUGAAAGAAGUCACGAAAAACGAAGCCGAGGAUUCGACCGAACGCGAGCAUCUUCUCCGCGAACUUGAACAUCGUGACGCGGAAAUCGAGGAGAAGAAUCGCAAGAUCGAGCAGCUGUCGAAGGAGCUGCAAGUGAAGACGCAGAACCUGCAGAAGCUGGUGAACACGGAACUGUGGAGCAAGAACAAGGAGAUCGCGAAGCUCCAUAACCACAUGACCGCCUCUCACUGUCACGAAAGGAGCCGAAACAAGUCGGACAUGCUGCAAGAAAGCGCCAGCGCGCAGCUAUCGACUCUAAUCAAAGAGCUAAACGACAUUGGUAUCAAGGUAACGUUUACCAAUGAGGUGAUCCAACUGAACUACGUCGACGGAAACGAGCCCAUAGACGUAAAAACCAUGACAGACUAUGUACAGAAGCUGGUAGCUCAGAAAAAUGAGCUAGAGAAGGAAGUCGAUUACCUAAAGUGGCUGAAGCUAGUUUCGAAACCAGACAUCGCCACGGAGAUCGAUGAAUAUGGUGAUAAUCAGACGGAGAGAGCUAAGAAAUAUUGCGAGCUGUUGCGUACGCACCUGAAGGACUUGGUGAAGUUCAUGAAGCAGAUGCUGAAUAACGUGGACCAUGCGAACACCGUGGGCAACGAGCACAACAAGACCGUGUUCGACGUUCUGAUGAGCUCGAAGAUAUUGUCUGAUGAUUUCGUGAACGCCCUCGAAGGAAUUUCAACGAACGACCUAACGUUUAACCUGACUGAAGUGAACGUGAGGUCGAUGGAUAAUCAGGUGAAGAAGAGUCGAUCGGAGAAUCUGGUCAGUGGAACGAAGGAUCAGGCUUCUGCACAUUCUGACUCUGAGGCAUUCUCCGAGCCUGAUAGAACUGUCUCCAUGGCUAGAAUCGGACUACAGGAGACACAGCAAAAGUCUCUAAAUAGAUCCAGAUUUUCUAAGUACACCAAGACGUUCACUGAUUCCGAGGACUCGUUGGAAUAUGUGCCUUAUUAUAAGUCAUAUCAGAAUGACUCGAACGAGUCUGAGGUCAAUCAUCAGAUACAAGAGAUCAAAGAGAUAAAUGUUUUACUCUAUAUGGAGCUCAGUGCCCUUAGGCAUGAUCCAGCUACCAAGACUUCUUUCAAUUAUGUGUUUGAUGAAAAAAUAGCACCGUUAAUCAUUAAGCUACAAAAGUCACAGGAAUAUUGUGAAAAAUUGCAAUCAGCUUUGGAAAGGAAAGUACACGAAGUACAUACGCUGAGGAAAGAAAGCAAACAAAACUGCUCACGUAGAACGCAAUUGGAGAAGAAACUGGUUGACUUGGAGAACAUGGCUACAGAAAUGAAUAAACAGAAGGCGGAGCUGAUGCAUUACAAAGACAAUGCUGAAAGAAAAACCGCAGAGAUGCUAAUAACGCUUAAUAGGGAAAACGACGCGUUAAGAACACGAAUCAAAAAGUUGGAAGAUGAAAACGAAUCCGCAAAAGCAAACAUAUCAUCGUUAACGAAAGAGCUCGAUCAUCUGACUCUUUCUCACAGUCAAAUCCUCGUGGAGAACACAAAGCUGACGAACGACAAGUUACGUUUAGAGCAAGAAGUUAGGAAAACGGAAAGCAGAUGUGACGUGACUGUUCGUUCUGUAUAUGAUAAAUUUAACAAAGAACAGAUAUCAGAUUUGAAUCAAAUUAACGAGUCGCAAAGGGCAAGAUUGCAAGAACUGGAAGCCACUAAUAAAGAACUUAGAAGGCACGUUGCAGUUUGCGAAGCAAGUGAUUCAGCGCCAAGUUCUAGUGGUGUUUCUUCGAUACCUACCGACACAAUAUUGAAGCAAACUUGCGAAGAUAUCAUGCAGGAAUAUCAAACAUAUAAUAAUUCACAGUACUGGCUACCAAUAGGUUAUUCAACAUUAGGCGGACGCAGUAAAUCAAGCUGUUCGCCAGAUUUAGGUAUUGAAAGUGAUACGGCUAUUACAACAAUGAGACCAUUGAAAGACACUUUGAAAAUCACCGAAUCCAUGACUAACCUAUUGAGUGAUGAAGAUAACAGCAAUGGUAACCGGCCAGUUCGAAAAGUGGAUAGCGAAAGUCCUUUGCCGAUAGAAGGUCUCGAUGAAGUAGAAGCUUUGAAGCAAGAAAAUGAAACGUUAAAGAGAAAGUUAAUGAAAACGAAGAGAGCUUUGGAGGAUACCUUCCAACAUCUUUCCGCGUCGAAUAAGAACAAAAAGAACGUCGAGAAGGCAAUAACUAAACAAUUGCAAAUUACCAAGAGCAUACUAAAAAAAACAAGGACAUAUGAAGAACCGUUGGACAAUUGAAGGUGCUACAGAGAUGAAUGAAGAAAAUCACAUACACGGAAAACCAAAUAUAAAGUCGCUGUUCGUUAUAGAUUUUAAAAAAUUGACGUUAUCGUUUAUUUUUUUAUAACCGCGUUUUUACUGUAAUUCUGUCUUUCGCACGUUUUUUAAUUCACUUUAAAUCUCGAACAAUCGUUAAUGAACGAUUUGUAUUUGUACAAAUUAACGAACGACAGCAACGCUUGUUGUAUUUUGUAAAAACUGUUAGAAAGUAUUUUCAUACAUACGAGGAACGUUACAUGAGGAAUGGGGAAAAGUAAGAUCUGAUGUAGAGAUGAAACGACGUUAAAAAUGGAAACUUCGUGGAAGAAACGGAGCUGUAUAUGUGACUUUUGUAUAUAAUUAUGUACGUGUAUUCGAGUUCUUUUGUAGAUUGUUUCUUCUCUUCAAAGGUUAUUACAACCUUGUGUCAUUGAAUCGAAAACUGUCCAUUUUAUCGUAUUUCGUGUUCUCGACGUCCAGAAAUUCGCGCGCGUGUACAUAUAAACACCGAGGAUAUCAUUACACAGCAUCUGUACAUAGUCUUCGCAAAUAAAGUGCCAUUGAUAUUUGAAUAAAAAUAUCGAGAUUAAGAAAAAUGUAUUUUUUCCUACUAGUUCCUAAUUUACUUCGUUUAUGCU